UGGUUGCCUUGAUAUUCCAAAGACACUCGGACUGGGAUCGUGCGUAACAUAGGGACGCGCGCGAUCCCACUAUUCUCAACUCAAUAUAUGUAUAAAUAUAUAUCUGCAUAUAUGUAUUAGUAAAAAUCAAGAUUUUUAUGUGACAAAGAGCCUCAACUUGUGAAAUUAUAAUCAAUAUCAUGCUAUUAAUAAUGAUUUUCGAUUAAUUUGAUGUUUUUUUUUUUACAAUGGGCGACGGUGAACGGUUGAUGAUGCCGUAGUGAAUCAGUAUGUAAAGAAGUGAUGAGUGAUGUAAAUCAUUAGAUGAUUAUAAGUAGAAGAGGAGUAUUGUAAUAUAGAAGGGGAGAAAAAGUCAAUUGGACUGAUGGCACGACUUGAAAUACCGAGUAUAGUGGUCCACAAGGGAUGCAGUAGAUCGGAGAGCAGGUCGUCAAGUCCAACUGGUGUAUCAUCGGUGAUGCCUGCAUUACCAUCAUCAAAACAUGCCAUUAUAUCAGUCAGUGGUGGUAACGGUGGUGUGACAUACACGGUGCAAAGUGACCAGGACAUGUUAGACGAUAAUGUCAACGUCAAUGUUGAUAAUAGUUCAACGGAUAACGAGGCACAUCCACCAUCAAAUUCCCCUGACAAAAUUCAAGCGGAAUCUAAUAAUAGUCGGAAUAGGAUAAACACAAAGGUGAAACUUCUGGUUCGUAGUCAUGCGAUGAGAGAGUCAACCUCACCUCCCCGUGAGGCUCACAAUGGCCCAACAGCCACAGAAAAAGCUAAAUAUCCCUCCUCCCUAUCCCCACCCAGCCCAAAGUUGACUAACAACAACAACGAGUCUAUGUACAAUAACAGCAACUUGACAAGCCAGCCCCACUCGCCCAAGCAAACCCGCACAAUAGCCACAUCGCCAACAUGUCGUACGCCCCAGCGCAAUUCACUCCAGUCCACCCCAUCUCCCAAUGCCAAAUCACCAAGCUCAUCACCCCUUCGGGACAAAGAGCCAGUUUAUCGUUCCAAAGCUACAAGUCCCAACAUCCCUUCCCAAAAAUGCAACAACUGCGUCAAAAACAAUCACAAUGAUCGUCCAGGUCUUCUGCAGACCCCCGGAUCACCGUCCAAAUCCUCAACCCAUUCACCAAAAAUCAAUCAUCUAACCAACAGCCGACGACCAAACACGCUAUCAGUAUGCAACAAUCAGUGCCCAAAUCAGUGUUCAAAUAGCCUGUCAAUGCGCUCAUCAUCGCGUCACAAAUUACGCCAUCCUGGAUCGCUAAACAGCAGCAGCAGCCUAGACUCACAUAUAUCAAAUAUAUCACCAUGUCUAUCGAGAGAUAGUAGUACAGAAUUAUAUACUGAUUCAACAGGAAUUGAUCUCGAGCAAUUUAUCGCGGUAACGAUAAAUAGAAAUCAGAAGGAUAGAUCUGUUCUUCUCAAAAUCGAGAAGGAACUCAUUGAUUUUGCCAAGGAUCGUCAAAAAGUUUGUCACAAGUUUCCCAAUAUGUCAUCGUACAAUCGUAUGCUUGUGCAUCGUGUUGCUGCUUAUUUCGGUAUGGAGCACAAUGUUGAUCAAUCAGGAUUGUCUGUGAUAGUGACGCGAACGAAAAACAUGAGAAUUCCAGAUACACGCUUCAAAGAGCACAUUAGGGAGGAUCUUUUGCUUACCGAGGAGCCAAGACGGAGUAUUCUCAAGAGAGAUUCGAAUUCCUUCGAGGACGGCUUCAACUUCAAAUCACCCGAUCGAAUGUCCGGGGGGGACUACUGCAGAAGGAGUAAGUCCUUUGAGGAGCGGGAGGAGGAGUACGAGAAGGUGAGGAGAAGGAUUUUUAAGGAUAGCAGUGGAGAUUGUGAGGUGACCUCUUGGCCGUACUGGUCGUCAUCGGAGAGCUCUGAUGUAUCAGCUGCGAGAUAUCGUCUUCUCCAUCCUGGUGAUCAUAAUUCGAUGCGAACCCGCUUGUCCAAGGGCGAGUCAUGCGACGGAAGGGAGAAUAUCCGGGGUGUUCUUAGGCCCUCAGUCUCCAAAUCGUUCAGCUUCGGUGGCUACACUCGGGGCAUGCUUGCCAGGGGUGACAGUGUUUCCUCGACACGAAGCGCUGGAGCCCGACUUACUAAACAGGACUCUGGGGCCAGUGUGUGCUCGAGGCUCAGUCCAUCCUCCAGUGGAUACAAAAGCCAGAGCCAGAGGAGUGAUGCAACUAUAUCACCCUCACCAUCACCAUCGCCCAUUCCAACCUUACCCUGUAAUCACAGAGACACUAGUUCGAACAAUUCAACCACCAUUGAUUCAUCUCACUCAACUCAAACCGUCAUGUGGGCCGUUUCUAGUAUCUCCAGUGUUCCACCGGGCUCAAUAAUCAUGAAUCCACGAACUAAUCAGCCAUACACAAAUUCUGAUGGUUCGAUUUAUCGCUUUGAUCCAGACAAUCCACCAAAGAUGUUCUCUGAUAUGGCGGACAUUCGAGAGAGUCCUGCCGAAGCAAGUGCACCGCAAUCUCCCAGGGAAACGUCAAAUCACAACUUCAAGCGAAAAAAUUCUAACAAGAGUAAUGAUAGGGUUCUUACCAAUACUGCAACCUCACCGACCCACCCCUUUACCGCAACUCCUCCUCCUAUUAUUCAAGAGUGUCAGCACAUGAACGUUAAAACAACUGAGACCCAGAUAUGCCCUUAUGGGGGAGGGCACACACACUAUCCAGGCUUUUCCCAACACAAUAGUAUCGAUAUGAACUAUAAUCAAUCGCCGCUUUAUUCUGGAGUCCAGGGGCUUGUUUUACGACCAGAUAUUAGUCAGGGAGGAGGCCCCAUAGCCCCUGGAGAUAUAAUUUUUGGCCAGAAUCAUAAUAUUUAUGGUAAUUACUCGGCAAUGGCAAUGCACAAUUGUCAUCCACAGGGAAGUGAAGUCUCAGAGCUCUCUGGCUACUUCAUGGGGAUGAAUGUUUAUGGGGAUGGGACUAGAAAUGGGUUGGAGGUUCAUGGAACACCGACNNCUCCUCCACCCCCUCCUCCGCCUCCUCCACCCCCACCACCGCCGCCACCUCUUCCUCCAUCAUCACUACCACCGCACACACAGCAACAACAGCACGGACAACCUGGCAAUGCUAUACCGCCACAACAUACCAUGUACUUCGUGCCGCCAUCAGGUCCACCUGUCUCCGUCAAUCAAAAUCACAAUCAGAAUGAUAGGCAGACGAUGCCUCAGCACCAACGAUUUACAUCGGGUUACCCCUAUAAUCCACAAACAAUGACACCACCCAAUCAAACAACGCCGAAUUACGUUAAUGGAUAUGGGCCACUAGCGUACAACUCAAUAUCAACAGUAACACCAAAUCCUGCCGAUUAUUCAUACCACCAUCAAAGCCCCAUGCAUAUGAUACCGACUUAUUAUCCACCUGGACAGCCUGGGAUGCAACCAUCACCGGUAAUGUGGAGGGUAUCAACACCGCCUAAUACCCCAACAUCCAAUCAAAUGCCAGGUGUACCUGUGAUGUACCUUAAUUCACCAAAUUACGGACCAUCGACAAUGGUAGCAGGAUCAUUUGGACAUCAAUUAGCAAAUACAGGGGCUCCAGGACCACCGGGUGCUUACAUGUCACCGUCAAUUCUACCAAAUAUUGUAUUCCGGCAAAAUAUGCCACUUGUGACCACUGGUAUCAGAGCUUCAACCCCCUCUGGUUCACAGAGAACAAGCAGAUCGCCAACGCCAGCUCAUGAAUUUUUCAACAACAAUAAUAUUAGUGCCAAUAGCGGAGGCAUUGGUAUUGGUAUUGGUAAUGGUAAUGGCAAUUGUAAUGGCAAUGGCAAUGGCAAUGGCAAUGGCGGAGCUCUCGGUGGGGAUAACAGAAAUGUACCAGGACAAUCCCGUUAUCCACUGCCAAUGUACCAGGGUCUUCAUAUCGUCCAAGGGGAUAUUCGACUGAUGCAUCCUGGAAACACUCGUCUGCAGUAUGCACCAGUGACAUCACCCCCUAUCAUUCAAGGCUGCUCACGUCCAUUUAGGCCACCGUCAUACUCCUCCAAUACAUCCGGCUGUCCCACUCCCAACUCCCUCGAUGGUCGAGGCCAGAAAUUACGAAAACACAGGUCCAAAAUCACAUCUCUACCACCAACAGGCGUAAGGCCCAAUGUCUAUCAAGUUCCUUCCAUGCCCUCUAUAUCAUCCAACCCGUCCAAAGACACGCGAGAAGGGACCGUGAAGGUGACAAUCACCCGUCGACACAAGGUGACACAGUACUAGCCAAUGAGAUGAAUCAGUCACAUUAAAACAAUUGAUAACCAUAAAUUCAACCAAAACCAUAAGAAAUAAAAAUAAAAACAAAUCAGUAAUAGCACCGUACAAAGUCAAAGGUGAUUAACCUGAGGCAGGAUAUCCAGAGGAAUUAAAUAAUGUUAUAGGUAAUUGUUGAAGUGCGCAAUAUCUAAAGAGAAAACGAAAGUUGUACGAUUAAAAAUAGAAAAAUAAUGGAUGGAAAAUUGAAAAACGGAGGAAAAAGAUAAAAUUUCAACUUAUAUUUCUCCCAUUAUUUGCCAUAAUUCAUCAAUUAACGGAUAUGUAAUGAAAAAUGAAAAACGGAUGAAAUUCCACGAUUAUUCAAAUGAUUUGAGAACAAAAUUAAUAAUAGAGAAAUUGAGAUGAUAAUGGAGGAGAAAGUAAUGGCCCAUUAAUUUUCAUCAUAAGAGAAUAAACAAUUGAACUUUGUCGAUAGUUUACUGAUUGCGUUUAUCCAAUCAAUUUGUUUCUCUUUCUUUCAUGAAUGUAAUCAGUAUCUAGUCCUAUAUGUCUAGUUCAUCAUAGUAAGGAUAAAAGUUGAUAGUUAAAAAUAUGUAGCGAUUAAUUAUAAACGAUUUUUUUUUUUCAAAUUUCUGAUUGAACAAAGCAAUUAGUAAAUAUUAAUAUUUAAUGAGAAUCCAUCCAGAUAAUGAACAAGUGAAUUACAAAGAACAACGCUUCUGACGAUUUAUCGACAUGUACUUAACAUUUGUGUGCCUCGUUUUUAAUUGAGAAUAUGAGUAAUCGAUGAUUCAUUUGCUAAUUUUUUUUUUGUCGUGGUAGAUAUUGAGUAGAAACUUCAGGCUUCAGUCACUCCAGUCAAAUCUAUUUAACUCGGUCUAUUCUCGAGAAAAAUGGGAGAAAAAAAAAAUGGGUAUUGUCUCACAUAACUUGUUCCUUUUUAAAUUUUCUUCAAUUAAAUAAUGGAUAAAAAUUAACCAGCUGAACGAGAGAAUGAGACACAGUAGUUGGUAUUUCUUAAUCGAUGGUUAACCUUCAUGUCAUUAAAUAUCACAAUUUCAAGUUCAUAUUGUUGUCGUUUUUGUAGUAAAAUGAAAAAAAAAGAAAUGAAGGGAGAAAUGUUCACGAGAUAAAGUCACUAAGCUCACAACUGAAACAAAUAUCUAAAAAAGUUAUGAAACAAUUAUCGAAUUAGGGAUGGACGAAUGAUAAACAGGAUCUGCGGGUAAUUUAGGAUUAAGUCGCAUUCCGCGUUGUGUUUUUUUCUUUUUCUUUUUUUUUUUUUACAUUUUUCUCAAGAAAAAAAAUAAGUGGAUAUUCCAGAUUGUCCAGAUAACCGAAUCACUUUGAAAACAAUGAUAAUUUGUGUUCUUCUUUUAAAAUGAAGUGAAUUUUUUUUUUUUUUAAAUAUUAUUCUUCAUUAAAUAUUGUAAAUAAAUCGGAUUUUAACUUUAUUUCCUUGACAAAGAGAAUGAAGAACAAAAUAAUACUGCAUUGUUGUAGACAAGGGAAACCAUUGUUAUAAAGAUAAAUUUUGCAUAAUUAAAGUGUAGAAAUUUAGGAGACAGAUUGUUGCAUAAUGAUAAAUUUUAUUGAGGAUCUAGGAGGGAGGGAGUCACUUGAUCUUUCCAAUGAGAUGUGUAUUUAUGCAACAUGACUGUUGAAUUUAGGCAGCUGCAUCGAAAUUGAAAAAUCCUAAAAGAAGCAUAAAACAUGUAGGAAGGACAUAAAAGUUCCACCGUGAAUGUAUUUCAUGUUCCUAAUGAGAAUACAAUUAUUUUUCCGCACAGUUAACUAGAAACAGGAGGUAAAAACUAUAUAAUGUUUUUGAGAAGAUAAAGUGAAGUUUCCUCAUUUGGCUCAUGAGAAAAAGGAUUAUUUUUGAUGUUCCAUUAAUUCAAUGUCUUUUUUUAAACUCACCGGAUCAAUUAUAUUUCAUGAAAAAUCAUUGAAUAAUUAUACAAUUAUAACUGAGAAAGAAAGUUGACGAGAAAGGAUCGAGAAAAAAACUAUUAACGAAAAUAUAAUAAUAUAUUAAAUAUGCGGGACUCAUGAACACUGAUAUUUGUCUAAUUAUAUCUCUUGUUAUAUUAUAUACAUAAAUAUUAUUCAUAUUUUCAAGAAAAGAAAAAAAUUAAAGAAAUUGAGAAAAAAAAAACUCUCACGAAAUUAUUAAAAAUCCUGAUUUCAGGUGAAUUAAAACUCGAAAUGGUCAUCAAAGACAGGAAUUAUAUUUAUUACUUUGUUAUUUACAAAGAAAAUAGUCACUGAUUGUACGAAGUGGUUGACGAGGGUACAGAGUGACAUUUAAAAGAAUAUCUGACUGAGGCCAUCCCACACCUUUCCAAAAUCCUGGAAAAUCUAAAAGUUAAAUUACUUGGCAAUUUAUUUCAUACCCAAUGUCACUGUGAACCAACGUCAAAGCUGUCAUCUCCUUUAAUAUUGCACUGUUUAUCCUAUUUGAAGAAAAAAUGGAGGAAUUAUUUUGAAAAAACAUUUGAUUAUUCCUCGCACUUUUUCUAUUCAAAGCUUAAUUAAUGACGUCAUUUACCCAUCACCAGUUGAGUCCCCAGUUUUAAUUUCAAUCUAUCUUUAUUCAUUUAUUAAUUACGUUGACGAAAUGGCAGUAAUUCUUAUUGUUGAAAAUGAAAGAAAAAAAAAA